AUGGAGGCGAUUAUAAAUCAUUUCCUUACAUCAUGGGCUCCAGCUACGUUGCCAACAUCAACUUCAAUCAGUUCUAUUGACCCCACAAAUAUUCCGGGGUUGCUGGCUACAGCUGAGCUGCUACGGCAAGAGGUUGCGACCCAAACAAAUUCAAUAUCGUUGUAUUUCUUAUCUCGAAAUGCAAGGGCAGCAGCAGCUUCAUAUACUAUUUUAAGUGAUCAACAAGUGUUGGCAUCUGCGACAUCAGUGCUUAAUGCUGCUGCAAACACAGGGGGAACAACUCCAACCCUUGAUAUUGAUCUAACUCAGAUAACUCAAGAAUUGUUCAAUUCCACAUUACUAUUAAAGAAAUUGGAAUGGCAGUCAAACUUGUAUGCAAUUCACAUCUCAGUCCCUGUCAACUUGCUAUUUGCCAUAUUAUUCUUUUUAUUGUUAUUGAUGUACUUCUACCUUGGUCUCAUUCGAGGCAAAACAAGAUACUUUGCCACUUGUUUGCUAUGUGGGUGUGGAUUGGAAAUUGCUGGAUAUGUAGCUAGAACUAUUGGACAUUAUCACUGGUCAAAUACCAAUAUCUUUCUAUGUCAGAUCAUUUCACUCACAAUUGCACCUGCUUUCGUAAUGGCGGGAGUAUACUACUUGUUGACACAGUUGAUCAUUAUCCACGGCGGCGCUGAGUUCACUUUCCUACGGCCUAGUUACAUAUCGUGGAUCUUUGUUUGUUGCGAUGUUGCAAGCUUAUUUAUUCAGGCUGCUGGUGGUAUCACUGCAGCUGUGAAACUUCGUUUGUUUGAGAAUACCAAGAGUGGUACGUACAUUAUGGUUGGUGGCAUUGCAUUCCAAGUUUUUUCAAUGACACUAUAUCUUGCAUUGUUAUUCAACUUCAUGUAUCGCAUUUAUUUCAAAUCGAUUGAUUUGAAGUUCAAUAUUGUCACUUUUUGUCAUUUGUUAUUCAAUACUAAGCGUGGUCGUAAGAUAAGACUUGAUUACAAAUAUGAGCAACAAUAUGACUCCUCGUUUGAAAAAAUAAGACAACGACCGUUAUUCAACUACCUUCCGUUAGCAAUUAUAAUGGCUUCCCUUUUCAUUUAUGUUCGAUGUAUUUACCGAGUUCUUGAGCUAUCGGAAGGUUGGAGAGGUUACUUGAUCACACAUGAGGCGUUCAUUUUAACAUUGGAUGCACUUAUGGUACUACUCAGUUGCCUCACAUUUAUCCCCUUCCAUCCUGUGUUUGUAUUUGGAAAAGAUGUUCAUAUUUCAGUUCGCCAGAGUUUUGGAAAAAGCAGUCACAUGGAUUUGCCGCCUGUUGUUGUUUUAAAGAAGGAAUAUUCUUACUCUAACGACGACCAGAGUAGUGAUUCCUUGAAUGAAAAAUAUAUGUAUGGUGCCGGCACAAGUUCAGACAGGGAGUCUGGAUCUCCUGCAUUGAGCAAUAGUGUCGGUCAAAAGUAUUAUAAUCCUUACUUGUCACCAGCUCGAUUUGCAAAUUACAAGCCUGGAAACGCAGCAUCGAACACCUAA